GCGCACACCGGCGACAAAGUUAACUCCUGAACUUCGUAGUCAGGAGAAUUGAGAUUUAUAAAAUAACAGGAUAAACAGCACCGGGCUAACAUGGCGUUCCGCCGAAGGAACAAGAGCUACCCUUUCUUCAGCCAGGAGUUCCUCAUUCAAAACCACGCCGACAUCGUCUUCAGCCUGGUGAUUUUCAUUUUGAUUGGACUGAUGUUUGAGGCAACAGCCAAGUCGGCCAUACUGUUCAUUCAGCCUCAGUACAAUGUCACCACACUAUCAGCAGAGGGAGAGGUGACGUUUUACCAUUACGGCUGGAAAGACUGCGCCACCAUCCUCUUUUAUUUCUUCAUCGCUAUCAUCCUGCAUGCAGUAGUGCAGGAGUAUCUUCUUGAUAAAGUGAACCGGCGUCUCCACCUCUCUAAGAGCAAGAACACAAAGUUUAACGAGUCGGGCCAGCUGUGUGUGUUUCACUUGGUGUCCAGCGUGUGGAGUUUUUACAUCCUCAUUACAGAAGGAUAUAUCCUGCACCCCAGCAGCCUCUGGGAGAACUAUCCUCAUGUACACCUCAGGUUUCAGGUGAAGUUUUUCUACCUCACUCAGCUGGCCUACUGGCUGCACGCCGUGCCAGAGCUCUACUUCCAGAAAGUACGCAAGGAGGAGAUUUCUCGCCAGCUGCAGUACAUCUGCCUGUAUCUACUGCACAUCGCUGCAGCCUAUAUGUUGAAUUUGAGUCGUGUGGGUGUGGUGCUACUCUUCCUUCAGUACGUGUCAGAGCUGGGCUUUCACAUCGCCAGACUUUUCUACUUUACUGAUGAAAACCAUCAGAAAAUGUUCGACCUGUGGGCCGUCAGCUUUGUGUUUACACGCAUGGCCACUCUGACCCUGACGUUCCUGGCUGUUGGCUUUGGCUUAGCUCGUGCCGAGAACCAGGUGCUGGACUUGGAGAUGGGCAACUUCAACACGGUGCUGAUAAGGAUGACUGUUCUACUGCUGGUAUGUUUGACCCAAUCCUGGCUACUCUGGAAGUUUAUCCGCUUCCAGCUGAGGCGCUGGAGAGAGUUCAGGCAUGAACAGGCUGUCCGCAAGAAGGCCUCCACAAAACAACCCCUACGUCCUCUGAAGAGAGAUUCAUUUGGUCACCAUGAAAACGGAGUUCUUAAAGCUGAGAACGGAGCAUCUCCUCGGAUCAAAAAGCUCAAAUCCCCCUAAAAGUAGUGCUCUGACCUGAACAAUGGCCUUAGACCACACUAAGGUUUCUCAUCAGCACAACAGGGAAGAUGGCAGCCACUGGCCACCAGCCUUCUGGUUGAGCAUGUCCUGAUAUGUUGCAGGGACUCAGUUGCUACAGACUUAGGCUUGAAUGCUGAAAACGAAACCCAAGGAAAUCCCUCGAA